UUCAUGCCACCUCUACAAGGUUUCAGAGUUUGAAGCCGUUUAGAGAAAUUGAAUUCUUAAAUGCAGGUCAAGUAACAUCAAGGUAUGAUUGUUUCUGGUUCUCUAGUGUACAGUCAUACUUGGUUCAUACGUAUCGGAUGUCAUUCCUGCGUGUCCCUCCUCACGUGACUACGUGCAAACAGAACAGUCGGGUCACGCUUAGAAUUGUUGAAAACCGAGUGGCUUUUGGCUUUGAGAACUUAUGUUACCGCUGCAAUGUGGCUAAAGUCGAAACAGGACCUAUAACCGAAAUUUCAAAACGUGUGAACUUACAGCAACAAAAUCAGCAUUCUAGAUCUGAGGAACAAGAGGAUAAUGCUGAUGACGCUAAACCUGCAGCUAUUUGCAAUGUGGUAGAAUGUUCCAAAUUAUUUAAUCCCCGGUUAGAGGCCAUGGAAAUGGCUGUUAAGAAGAUAGCCUUAGCCAUAUUGAGCCAAACUAGUGAUGUGUUUGCACCAAUAAAGGAAAUAUUGGAGGAGGAUCCGACAUUCACAUCGAUUCUGUCUUUAAAUUCUACCAUCUAUUCCUCAAGCACAAAGGCCCCAUCUGUGAGUAAUGGUACUCAUAAGGAAGUUCUAGAUGGACAGAAACAAGAAAAAAACUUUGCAGUGGCUAAUCUUAAGAGAGCCGUUAAAUGUUCGUUGGCCCAUCUAGUGGACAUCAAUUUGACUGAUCCUGAGCCAUAUUACGAACCGCUUCCACAAAUAACAGCUCUGUUCACUAAAGACAUUUUAAAAAUCGAAUGGUCUGUACCUUCAGCGGAAUGUGUUAAAGUUAGCUCAGGUGUGAGGAUUAAGAUUUAUGAAUCCGCUGAUGGAUACAAAGUGCCAUUGGAAGCUCCCAUCUUUGUGCCUCAAAAGUGUAUCAAAAAGAUUGCUAAAACCUGGCAUUCGAUUAACCUCGCCUCACCUUUUUCAUCUUCAACUAGCAGAGGUAAAGCGUGUGCCUUUUCGUUGACCAAAAAUCUGACACAAUGUCGCUCUUACAUUGUGGAAGUCGUUAUAAAUUACCAAUCACUCGCGGGGAAAGCGAUGCAAACGGAACUCGUCAUCCCUCCAAAGUUGAACGAGAAGGCUCAUUUGAAACCAUUGAUAAGCGCCUCCGCACGUUCAAGUUCAUUGACGCUGAAUUGGGAAGACAAUUCUGGAUGCGCGCCGCAGUUAACAUCUCUCAACUUGGAAAUAUUUCAAGAUGGAAUGGUAGACAAAGGGGAAAAAGCGAACGCAACUGUCGUUAUUCCUCGCAGUUGUUUCAAACAGCCUAUAGGAGAGGGAAAUUUGUUCUCCUUGACAUUGCCAACUAGUGAGCUGACAUGCCCAAUUGUGUGGAAACCCUUGGACGUGUGUCGCAAAUACAAAAUUAACAUGAGUUCCCAGUAUUCAUCCACUUGGAAUGGCCCUUCCUCCUCGUCGGAAAUAUUCACUGAACAAGAAGGUAAUUUUGCGCCGGAUUCACCAAAUGUAUUUUUGAGGUGUCCAAUUCAUCAAUUUUAUUGCCAGUAUCAGCAGCUUUGUAUGGACACAAGCAAUGUAUGUUAUGACGACAACAAUGGCUAUGAUGGAUGCGAGAGUGAAAAUCGCUACUGUGAACAAGACGUUUGCUAUAAAGGUGGAUUUCGGUGCGGGCAGCAGUGCAUACCAAAAGAGUUGGUAUGCAAUGGAAAUUUUGAUUGCGUGGAUGGCUCUGACGAGGGUCCUCAUUGCGAAAAUACGUGUUUUCAGCUCACCAAUCCUUCGGGUAACUUUUCGUCUCAGAAGUUCCACAUGCCACCGUACGAAAUCCAUCGGGAUAAAAUCGUUAACACUGCACAGAAUACAAAGGUUCUGAUAUCGGUGCAAUCCACUCAUCACAUCUGGCUGACAUUUAACAAGUUUAACACCUUCCAAAACCAACACAUAGUCAAAGUUUACGACGGCCCUUAUUCAACAAGUCCUCUGUUAUUAUCGCACAACGGAUCCACCAAGCCAUACUCCGUAAGGUCAUCAUCCAGCGACUUAUUUGUUGAAUUUCCGUCUUACUGGAGCACGACUUAUGGGAUUGAAGCUUUUUAUACAAGUGUAAGAAGCACUGACGAUCAAUUUCUUCCAGGCUGCGGUGGGUAUAUUUACGGUGACGGUAUCAUUCCAAAGUCUUUGGCCACGACGUUCAAUACCGGCUGCUUUUGGUACAUAGAAGCCACGCAAAGUGACGAUACCCUUUUAUUGAAGACGAAUAUAUCUGAUUCUGAUGCAUAUCGGAAAUUAAAUUUUUACCGUACUUUAAUGGUUUAUGAUGGAUGGAAUACGGAUGGCCUUGUCCUAUACGAUGGAAAAGAAGAUGAAUUUAAAAAAAAAGUGGCCAUUUAUUCUAUCACACAUAAGGUGAUGGUUCAUAUAAAAAUACCAAUAUGGACAACGACGCCGAACGAAAAUCUUGACUUCUCAUGGUGGAUUACCACUCAAAAAUCCACGCCACAUUGCAACAACCACUUUGAAGAAAACACUGGAACGAUAAAAAGUCCAAAUUAUCCCACAUUUUAUCCCAACUCAGUUGAUUGCCGAUGGAACAUUAAAGUUGAACCAGGCUCAAAAGUCCGGCUAUUAUUCGCUCUCUUCGAAACUCAGGCGGACGCGGAUUACCUUUACGUGUAUGAUGGACCAACGCUGCGUUCAACAUUAUUGCUGACAAAGUCGGGAUUACUUCCAACACCGUUCAUUGUUAAUUCGUCGACCAAUCAAGUGUUGGUUAGGUUCGUAUCAGAUGAAGAUACUUCUUCUCCUGGUUUUCUUGCUGUAUACUCAUCAGUAUGAUUUCUAUUAAGCUAAUCAUAUCGAUGAAUUGUAAUUACUUGCAUUUAAUAUUCGCAAGAAUGGGGUCUAGUGUAUAAUAUGAAAUGUGUUGAUGUUAAAGUCUUAAUCUGUGAAAAGUGUUGGGUUGGUGGGAGCAUUAAAUUUGAGCAUGCAGAAGAAAAAGUUGCUAAAGAACGUUGCAACACUUGGUGCUAUACGGAAUGGCAAUACAAAAUCAUUGUUCCGAGAAAGAAGACAA